UACGGUUAUUGCCGGCCGAUGCAUGAUGCUGCAAUCAGCUCCAGUACCUCUAAUAAAAAAGACUGAGCAGCACCAUUCCGGUCCCUGGUAUCUUGAUCACGUUCAACUUCCGGUGGAGGUGCCUUGUAAGAAUUCCAGUGUCUGCAGUGUCUGCAGCGUGUACAACUGCACUAUAGGUCCGCUUCUUCCAUUCGCUCCCUUCCUCUACCAUCCUGAUGGCUUCACUUUCGAGGCUUCCAUCGCGAAUGAUGGCGUCGUCCAAACCAAAUGUCGUCGCUUCCCAGCGGCUUGCCUCGAUUAAUCGCCAUUUUUCUACAUCUCCAACACGGGCUGCCGCUGAGGUGAAGAAAAUCGGGGUUAUUGGUGCUGGACAGAUGGGUUUGGGCAUUGCUCUUGUCGCCGCUCAAAAAGCUCAAGUACCCGUCACCCUCGUCGACAACUCCCAACAGUCCCUCGACAAAGGUCUCGCCUUCGCAGAUAAACUCCUGGCCAAAGAUGUGUCCAAACAGAGGAUCACUGAAGAGGUGGCUAAAGCGACAAGAGCUAGAUUAACAGCAACCACGGAAAUCUCAGAUCUUAAAGAUGUCGACAUGGUCAUUGAAGCCGUACCUGAAAUCCUGUCCCUGAAAGAGAAGAUAUUUGCGCAGUUGGCCGAGGUCUGUCCCAAGCAUGCCAUUCUUGCAACCAAUACCUCGAGUAUAAGCAUCACCAAGAUCGCCCGAGCCACUUCCAAGGACCCCACCGAUACGUCGGCAUCCUCCCGAGUUGUUUCGACGCAUUUCAUGAACCCCGUACCUGUCCAGAAAGGCGUGGAGAUUAUUUCCGGCCUCCAAACGUCGCCAGAAACUCUGGCAACCGCGGUUGCGUUCUGUGAGAAGAUGGGCAAGAUCCCAUCGGUAUCACAAGACAUCCCUGGUUUCCUCGCCAACCGAAUCCUGAUGCCCUACAUCAAUGAGGCCAUCAUCUGUUUGGAGCAGGGAAUCGGAAAGCGGGAGGAUAUCGACAGCAUCAUGAAGAAUGGAACCAACGUUCCUAUGGGUCCCCUGACAUUGGCUGAUUUCAUCGGCCUUGACACAUGUCUUGCAAUCAUGGAGACCCUACAUGCCGGUCUUGGAGAUAGCAAGUACCGACCAUCGGUGCUUUUGAGACAGUACGUCGAUGCUGGUUGGCUGGGCAAGAAGAGCGGCAAGGGCUUCUACGACUAUAAAUAGAGAGAUUUGUCUUGAACGGCGGGAUUUUCAGAUGUCAACCAAAAUAAAGCCAUGUACAAUGUGAUCAAAACAACCAUCGGCCACAGGACCUUGAAUAAACUUUUAUGCAUUCAUGA